GAAGAAGCGGGAUUUGCUUACAGCAUCCCUUUGACUACCUGACUGUCCCAAUCAGAGCAGAGGCAGACACAUUUCCAUUUUCGUUCACCUACACGAAGCUGUAGUUGCGGAUACACCGCUCAUCAGAACCUUAUGUCGUCAUGUCACAAGCACCGCAGCUUCUUUGGUAAGCUUCAAGUCUCGAGGUCACCGAGCUGACCUCACUUUGUCUCAGGCCAGACCCAAUCUUCUCCAUCAUCUCGACCUAAGCCGCUUAUUGGCGCAGUUGAUCUGUUUCCUUGUCCAUCUUUCACUACUGCACCUAGCCGAGACCAGCAGGUCGGCUUGACGCAAUGCUACGGGAACUAAGCUAGCGACGUACUGUAACUUUCAAGAUGCAGAUACUCAAUCCAGAAGUUGAAAACAUCAUGGCCCUGAAAUGAUUGGGCUCAUAACGAAGGCUUCGAGUGAAGCUUAGAGGCAUAUAGAGUCUGGCCUCAGAAUCGAUAGCCGCCAACAACACCUCGACCCUGGUAACCGAGCGUAGCCACAUACCCCAAGUUCAGGCUGAGAAAUACCUGACGCCUCACUUUCCGCCUGAACGGACGGCUGUUUCCCCCGCGCUUCUCUUCAUAUUCACGUGUUGGAGAUGGAGGUACCGGCCCGUCGGUGAAAUAUGCCACUCUCAGGCUCUUGCACAAUGAACAAGAAGUACCCUUGAGGCGAGAACAGUCGAUGCAUGGAUGGUUUGGCUGAGUUCCGAAUGGACAACAGCCGGACCUUCGGACCCUGCACCUUUUCUGCCGCCUCUUCCCAUGCAUCUGCACAUUGUGCCUAACAACUUGACGGGAAUCAGCUAUUUGCUGAAUCACGAGUGUAGGUCUCUGAUACGCGAGAUGUUGUGUACAAGUUGUCCUGUGCGUUUCAACGUGGGCCAUGGCCAUCCUUUGCCUGCCGUGACCACGCAGUUCAAGUUGAGCAUUAUUCAUCGGGCAUUAAGUUUUGCUAUCUCAUCCCGUGUGCAAGUCACGGAAUCCGCUGAGUUCACUCAUAUUUUUCCUGCUUACACAAACUUCAAAUCUCAAAGGUCCAAGACCUCGUGCCAACCAUCUUAUUUUUCCUGAUACUGUCCCAUGCGAGUUAGGUUCCCUUUUAGGUAGCAUGCCAUGCGCUUUUGCAAUACCAUCCACCUGUCAAACUGUCAUUCAAGGUAUGAUUUGAUGCUCAAUUCUCCGCCAUUUGAAGAUCUUGUCGAUCGAAGUAACGAAAGACACAGUACUUCCUUGCGCUUAUACAAUGUAACUCUCCAAGGCCUCAGUUGUAGCCGGUAAGAGAUAAAAACGUGGCCGUGGAACCGCUGCAUCGACGGCCGGGCCGUGCCUGAAAUAGAUGAUGUCUCGGAUUCAUGCGAGACUUUGUUUAACAGAGACAAUCGUGGGAUUCUCAAUGUGUGAGAUGCUGAAAGUGAAUCUGAGAGGUGACACAGGAUAAGACGCAUUGGUCGAUACCUAACAUAGCCUACUGAAUCGAACUGCUUUACAACUAACUAAAUCUCUCAUGUUCCACUCGUGUCCUACAGUUUCUUAUCUGAGCACACACCUUGCUGCGCAUCGUUUCCUUCUCCUCCUGUAACGCUCUCGAAUCCUGAACCCACUACUCAACGCCUGAGGAUACAGCCACGGCCCAACUACCAGUCUUGAACUCAUCCUAUUAUUCGUCGUCAUCAUCAUCAUGGACAUCUUUUCCUAGAGAUCGCCAUCGCCAUCGCUACGCCAUCCCCAGCUGCACUAGGACUGGCUGUUCCAGCCAACCCAGCUUCGCGGCAUGACGCGCCAGAUCUUGACCUCUCCGCUACGAAGGUCGUCAAGCUUGAAGCUCUCUACCUUGACUUUCUUGCUCUCGCGGCCUUGCUCCCAUGCGCGCACCUUCUUCUUGGUGCCAUCCCACUCAGAUACUACAGCGACGUGGUCCGGUUUGCCCACCUCGGCAGAGUACUUUGCGUGCAUAGGACCAUGCUUGCCUUGGAACUUGGCGUUGCGGAUUGUGAUGAUGUCGCCAGCACGGAUCACGUCGUUCUGUUGAGUUGAUGCAUUGGCCAUGUUUGAAUAGACAAGGGCACCGUAGGCACGAGUGCCAACAGGAGGAAGAGCAUCCUUAUAAGGCUUGAGAAGUUCUAGAACAAGACCUUGAGGAGUGCCGUCCGCGACAACAGAGUCUUUCUUGGCAGCUACAGCCGUCGAGAUGUGGCGACCAAAUCGCUCAUAAAACUCUUCCAUCUGAUCCUGGCGGAGGGGACGCGGCGGGGGCUCGUGACGUUGCUCAAGUUGAACAUCUGAUGCAUUGUAGGGGUCGUAUCGAAUUGUCAAGAAGGUUUGUGAGUAAUCUUGAUAUAAGAUAAAGAUUUCGCGAGUUAUCGUCGUUUGUUGGCCGCCAUUGGUAGAUGUCGACUCUUCAGCCUCAAAGUAAAUAUCUUUACGUCCCUGGAGAACGGGAGGUACUUGGUUAGAUUGCUUCCACCAGCCACUCUGGAUAGCCAGGUCCAAGUCAUUCGCAAUAAAACCUGAC